AUGCGUGCCCUCUUUGUUUUGAUCAUAGAGUUAGCUUCAAUUGCAGCUGUUUUAGCGGCACCCAGUAGAAUUGUUGGUGGUUCGAAAGUUUCCAUCAAACAUUAUCCUAUGGGAGCGGCUAUGCUGUUCUCUAGAGGUGGAGUGGGAAACUUUGUCCAGACCUGCGGCGGCGCCAUAAUAAACAAUAGAGCAAUUGUUUCUGCAUCUCACUGUUACACGGGGGAUCCAGCAGUGCGCUGGCGUGCUCGAGUGGGCUCUACCAAAGCCCACAGCGGUGGUGUAGUCCAUAACACCGCUAGGAUAUAUCAUCAUCCUGACUUCAACGCAUUCAAUACAGAUAGUGAUGUAGCAGUGCUUCAUGUGACUGUACCGUUCUCAUUUAACAACUACGUUCAGCCCGCAUAUAUCGCGGGGGCUUACUACCACUUAGGUGACAACAAAGUUGUUUGGGCCAUUGGCUGGGGAUACACUAGCUUUUGGGGCCAACCAUCUGAACAUCUCCAACACGUUCAAAUAUGGACUGUCAACCAGACGAUCUGCGUUCAACGCUAUGCAGAGAUAGGUCGCGUAGUCACUGACAACAUGUUGUGCUCCGGCUGGCUUGAUGUGGGAGGUCGCGACCAGUGCCAAGGCGACUCCGGCGGUCCUCUGCUCCACAACAACAUCGUGGUCGGUGUUAGCUCCUGGGGAUAUCAAUGUGCCCUCCCUCGAUACCCUGGCGUCAGUACUCGCAUCUCUCAAUUUGCUAAGUGGAUUGUAGAACAUGCUUAA